AUGCCCGUGUCCUCCCCGGUGGCGGCUCCUCGCCGACGCCUCUGCCCCUUCCCCGUCCAGCGGCGACACGGCGGCGCCCCACCUCCUCCGCGCGCCGCCGGGAACGAGCACUGGAAGGACCUGGUGGUCGCCGUCCGGGAUGGCAUGCUCAUCCCGCGGCCCUCUCCUUCGCCGUCCUCGGCGGUGGCAUCGUGGCUGGGCGCCUUCGCCGUGCCCUGCGUCGACGUCUCGAUCGACUUCACGGCCACGAGUCCUGCAACGACCUGUUCCUCGUCCACAUCGGCUUCACCGUCGCCAACAUGUGGAACCAUGCUAAGGUAUAAGAGAUUGGAGGUCCUCGCCGCCUUCACCAAUGCCGUCCAUUACAAGCUGGAGCUGCCAGGGGAGACCCUUUUCCUCACUGUCAAUAUCAUCGACAAAUACUUGGCCCGGGAGAACGUCGCUAGGAAUAAGCACCAGUUGGUGGCCGUGACUGCCAUGCUGCUGGCAUGUAAGUAUGAGGAGGUGAGUGUCCCUGUUGUGGAGGAUCUGAUCCCCAUCUGUGAUCACGCCUACUCCUGGGAAGACAUUCUGGACUUGGUUCUCAAGUACUUUGAUUACAUCGAUGUCAAAGGUGACACAAAUCAGAUCUUUGUCAACUAUAGCACCAUUCACAGCAUCGACACGAAGUCAGGUUGA